GCGCGCGUUGCCUGAGCCGGCCCGGGAGCGGUCGAGCCGAGUGAGUGCGAGGCGGCGGCGGCGCGAUGGCUCCGGCCGGGGACCGCGAAGGCUACUGGGGUCCGACGACCUCCACUUUGGACUGGUGUGAGGAGAACUACGUGGUGACCGUGUUCAUCGCUGAGUUCUGGAAUACAGUGAGUAACCUGAUUAUGAUCAUACCUCCAUUUUUUGGUGCAAUUCAGAGCAUUAGAGAUGGACUGGAAAAGCGGUACAUUGCUGCUUAUUUGGCACUCAUGGUGGUAGGAACAGGAUCUUGGUGUUUCCACAUGACUCUGAAAUAUGAGAUGCAGUUACUGGAUGAACUCCCCAUGAUUUACAGUUGCUGCAUAUUUGUAUACUGCAUGUUUGAAUGUUUCAAGACAAAGAACUCAUUAAACUACCACCUGCUUUUUACCCUAGUUCUAUUCAGUUUAAUAGUAACCACGAUUUACCUAAAAGUAAAAGAGCCCAUAUUUCAUCAGGUCAUGUAUGGAAUGUUGGUCUUUACAUUAGUACUUCGUUCUAUUUAUAUUGUUACAUGGGUUUAUCCAUGGCUUAGAGGACUAGGCUAUACAUCCUUGACUAUCUUUUUAUUGGGAUUUUUAUUGUGGAAUGUAGAUAACAUCUUUUGUGAUUCACUGAGGAACUUUCGAAAGAAAGUGCACCCUCUCUUAGGUGUUACAACACAGUUUCAUGCAUGGUGGCAUAUUUUAACUGGCCUGGGUUCUUAUCUUCACAUCCUUUUCAGUUUAUAUACAAGAACACUUUACCUGAGGUACAGGCCAAAAGUGAAGUUUCUCUUUGGAAUCUGGCCAGUGAUCAUGUUUGAACCUCAGAGGAAGCACUGAUGAAUUGUUUUACCAAGAAAACACAAAGCACCUACUGUGGUUCUGGCAAGAUGGUCAAGAAAUCCCCAAAGACUUGUCCAUUCAAAGACAACAUGCCCAUCAAAAGAGAUGAAUGACUCAGCUACACAGAGAAUGAGCAACUGGUCUAUUGGGUGUUUAUCUCCUGGCUUUAUCUCAUUUGUUUUGGACCUAAGAUGCUUACAGAAAAACAGAUAGUGUAUAUUUAUAUUCUAGAAUGGUGGAAAGGUUGGGCUUUUCUUAACAGGUUAACAGUUUGCGCUGGUCAUUUAUGGAAAAUUAAUAUUUUUUAUUUUUUUACAAGAGUAGCAUAUUAAUUAUACCUUUAUUAAUUUUGAUUAAAUAUUGAACAAAGUCAUUAAGGACUGGCAAAAUCCAAAAUCCAGAUGGUUGAUUGUGAGCCAGCACUUAGUUGUGUCAGCUUUGACUUAGAACUUCACAGAUGGUUUUCCAAUAUUAAAAAGAAGGGGAAGUCCUGGCUGUGGGAUUCUAGGUGGCUCCUCGCUGUCUGCCUUGGUGCUAGCUGGAGUGCUAUAAGCAAACUCCGACCUGCCAGUGAGUGGGCUCUGUUCUCGUUACCUCCAAGAAUUUGUCUUGGGCUUUGUGGCAAUAGCCAAUCCAAGGGGUGGGCCGUGUAACAUCCCCUCAGAAGCUCUCCAUGGCACCUGUGGAACGUAGCCCCUCUCACCAGUUUAACGCUCGUGUUUUGCUUUCUUUGAUCUAUUAUUCUUUUUGUGUCUAGCAAAUUUAACUGGUGGUCUAACCUACCCAUAUUCUGUAUGCCAGCAUAGUUUAAGUUAAGUUAUCAGGGAAAGUUGUAAAAUUUUCACUUUUUGCAUUAUGUAGUAUUUUCCAGUUCUCAGAGAAGUCAAGGCUAUACCCCGGCACAUAAGUUAACUAGAAGUAAAAUGGUCAGGACUGUUCUGCAUGAACUGUACUAAAAUAUUUAUUCCUUCAUUUUUUCAGGAGAAGAAAUACAAGGGUUGAAACAGUGCUGACUUGUAACUUUUGCAACAUCUAGACUUAGAAUACUAAGUAAUAGCAGUAAAAUCUUACUGUGAGGCAAAUGGUUCCAAUUUGGAUUUGAGUAUAUAAGAAAUUGAAUUGAUUCUCAAAAAUAGUAAAUGAAGAAUCAUACAUAUAUCUAUUAACUACAUCCUGAGCUAUGGCUUCAAAAGAAAAGUAGGUGGUUUGUUGUUUUUUGUUUUGUUUUGUUUUUUUUCAUGCGAAAUUGGUUUUUAAAAAACUUCUCAUUUUUUUUCAAUCUUCAAUCUAAGUAGUCUUAGCCUAGCAGGGUGAUGCAUACCUUUAAUCCAAGCACUCAAAAGGCAAAGGUAGGCAGACCUCUGUGAAUUUAAGGCCAGCCUGGCCUAACAUAGUUCCAGGCCAGGCAGGGGUACAUAGUGAAACUGUGUCUCAAAAAUAAAGAAAGAAAGGAAGAAAAAAAAAGGUUUGAUUAGUUAAGUAGCCUUGGUACAUUUUUUAAAACAAAAAAUGUUUCCUUUGCUCACUGGCGUUUUUAAAGCCCAAGUACUAGUUUCCUUCCUUUAGCAUCCCGGAUGGCCAUUAAACAAACACACCUUUUAGGAAAGCAAGACACACCAAACAUAAACCUAAAAGAACCUAAGUUGUACUUCCAUUAUAGGCAUGAAUCAGAGUCUACAGUACAUGCAGUGAGAUUCCCAGGUUCUUGUGUCCUGGAACAAGAACUGGACCAGGGACAUAUGGGUAGUGAUAGAAAUAGAGACCUUUUAUUAGGAUAAAAGAAAAAUAUUCCCCAGAAUGGGAGUGGGUCCAAAGACUGGGAAGGGUGUCCACGGCCCUGGCCAAGAGAAACUCCACCCUUUAUAGGCCAUUUCCAUACCCUCCAUCUUUUCUGCAAUUAGAGAAGGUAGGGCUUUCUAAAGCACAUUGUUUUGUUAUGUAUAGGGGUUCACUCCUU